AGCCGGAGAGGGUUUAUAAUGCUCCUCUAUCCGGAGCUGUGAGGAGCUGUGAGCUGGAUCCUUCCCUGUCUAAAACAUCCUUCUGAUUUAAGUGUUUAUUGCAGUGUUUAUCUCGGGCGCACUCAUGACGGUGACGUACACCGCCCGCGUGGCCAACGCACGUUUCUGCGGCUUCUCCAAGCUGCUGCUGGCCUGGAGGGGCAGCAUUUAUAAAGUCCUGUACAAGGAGGUGCUGGCCUUCUUCAUACUGUACACUGCCAUCAGCAUCACAUACAGAUUCUUUCUGUUGGAUGAGCAGAAGAGAUAUUUUGAGAAACUCUCCAUUUACUGCAACCACUACGCCAGCCUCAUUCCCAUGUCUUUUGUAUUAGGGUUUUACGUGACUCUGAUAGUGAACCGCUGGUGGAGUCAGUACACCUCCAUCCCUCUGCCGGACAGCAUCAUGUGUGUGCUCUCCGGAGGUCUGCAGGGUGGAGAUGAACGUGGUCGGCUCCUCCGCCGGACGCUCAUGCGCUACGCCAGCCUGGCCUCGCUGCUCAUCCUGCGCUCUGUCAGCACCGCCGUCUUCAAACGCUUCCCCACCAUGGACCACGUAGUGGAGGCAGGUUUUAUGACGCGGGAGGAGAGGAAGAAGUUUGAGAGUCUGCACUCUCCCUAUAAUAAAUACUGGAUCCCGUGUGUGUGGUUCACUAAUUUGGCUGCCGUCGCUCGAUCUGAAGGCCGAAUCAAAGACGACAACACUUACAAACUGCUGUUGGAGGAGCUGAAUAAGUUCAGAGGGAAAUGCAGCCUGCUGUUCCACUACGACAUGAUCAGCGUACCACUCGUCUACACACAGGUGGUGACGCUGGCCGUCUACAGCUUCUUCCUGGUGUGUCUGAUUGGCCGGCAGUUUCUAGACCCCAGGCAAGCGUAUCCAGGUCACGACCUUGACCUCUACGUGCCCAUCUUCACCCUGCUGCAGUUCUUCUUCUACGCUGGCUGGCUGAAGGUGGCAGAGCAGCUUAUUAACCCAUUCGGAGAAGAUGAUGAUGACUUUGAGACCAACUGGCUCAUAGACAGGAACUUCCAGGUGUCUAUGAUGGCGGUGGAUGAGAUGUUUGGGGAUUUGCCGAUGAUGGAGCGUGAUCGUUACUGGAAUGAUUCGAACCCUCGGCCGCCGUACACCGCCGCUACUCUCUUCGUCCUCCGUAAACCCUCAUUUCAGGGCUCCACCUUCGACAUGGCAAUUCCCAAAGAGGAGAUGCACUUCCAGCCUCUGGAGGAGAUUGCGGAGAAUCUGGAAGAAUCCGUGACUCGGAAUCACAACCUCGCCCUUUUCAACCGCCUCUUAAACUCCGCCCCCUCUCCUACAGGAUUUGUGGGCGGAGCUUUCCGCAGAGCCUCCGCACAACUGCAGCGACUGACGCAUACCGCCAGCCCUGACCCCUCCUACUCGGAUGGGGAGGAGGACGGAGAGGGUUGCGUUGGGCGCAGCGGAGGAGCGGGUGGGUCCCUUCCAUCUGGAUUGGGACAAGACACCCAGAGCACCAUCUGCAGCUGUGGAGGACCUGGAGAGAUUAAAGUACCUGCAUUACCUGCAGUAUCUGACCUACCGUUUGACAAAAUGAAUGAGAUAGGAAAUGAAGACGGAUUGAAGAAUCUGCGGAAGAAGUCGGAGAACAAUGAAACAGAGGAGAGGCGACUUCCACUACCAGCACCCUUCCCUAAAGAACCAUGUGACAGACCCAAAGCUUCACGCUCAAGUGCCUUCACGCUUUCCUUGGGUCUGGUAAAGCCUCAGCUUUCCCCUUCAGCCACCGCCAACCGCUCAAUUCCAGACUUCUUCUCCUUCCAGCCAAUUGGAGACCAGUCAAAAGUCAUGACCCCGCAGUCGACCAGUGGCAAAGCACCAUCAGGUAUGUCGCUCCUGGCGGUUCCGAGCUUGGAUAUCCCAUCGUUUCCUGAAGUGAGGGAUCCAAGAUCUUCUCCUGAAGAACUUACGCAGCGUCUACGAAGCAUCAGCAUAGGCUCAGAGGUCAUCAAUUCGUCCAACAAGACUGUGGAGAGACUGAGCAACCUUUGAUCACUAGAUAGAAAUAUGAUGUUUCACUCAUCAUCAAAAAAUUCUUGCACCUAGGAAUAGUGGGAAUCUACUGCUGGAUUGAAGAACCUGCAGAAAAAGUCAGAGAAGAAUGAAACAGAGGAAAGGCGACCUCCAGUACCAGUGCCCUUCCCUAAAGGACCAUGUGACAGACUCAAAGCUUCACGCUCAAGUGCCUUCACUCUUUCCGUGGGUCUGGUAAAGCCUCAGCUAUAAAUAUGUUGCUAACAAACAGCUCUGGAAAAAAAUUAAGAGCACUUCAGUUUCUUAAUCAUUUUUUUCUGAUUUUGCUAUUUAUAGGUUUAUAUUUCAUUAAAAUGAACAUUGUUGUUUUAUUCUAUAAACUACAGACAACAUUUCUAAAAUAAAAAUAUUGUCAUUUAGAGCAUUUAUUUGCAGAAAAUGAGAAAU